AUGAUUGAAGAUGGUCUACUACUCUAUUUAAACCCUGUAUGUGCAUAAGUAGCUUCUUAAUAUUAAUAAGGGAUUUGAUUAUUGUCAUAUUUAUGAUUCAAGUGAUGAGUUUUCCUUAAUGCCAAUUUAAAAAGAGCAAAAAUUUCUUUUUAAUCUAGUUAGCCCACAAGGAAAAUAUAUGUUAAAUCAAUAAAAAAAAUUGUAUUGUUGGGCACUGAUAAAACUUACUUAAGAUUAAAGAAAACCUAUUUAAAGAGAUCAAUAAUAGGAUGAAGAAUUGAAAGAAUUAAUUAAGAAUUUGGAUGAUUUUGGCUAAAAUUUAAGAUGUUUAUUUACUAUUUCUGAUAAUAAUUAAUUGAUUUAAAAUAAGUAAAAUGCUGGUCAAACAGUUUCUGAAAUAAUAGAAAGAGAUUUAAUUAACAAACCAAUCUUCUAAUUUAUAAAAUCAGAAGAUCCUUCAAUUACUUUUUGUUUAUUAUAUAAUGGAGAAAGCUAAAAAGAAUUAAAUUCUAAAUUAUAAUUUUAUUAAUCUUAGUGUAGCCAAUACAUAAGAAAUCAAAUUGUAUUUGUUAUUUUAGUUAAUGGUAAGAAAUCUUUACAUGAAUCUCUAUAAAACUUUAAUGAUAAUCAAAAAAUACCAGAUUAGAUCAGACAUAAUUCAUGUUAGGCAUAUUAAUAUUUUGACAAUGAAAAUAUACAUAAUAAUGUUCUUUUUCUUUUAAUUACAGAAAAAUAAUCAUAAAUAAAACUUUUAAGAUGGAUAUAUUCAGGAGUGUUUAAGCAUUUUUAUUCAAAAUAUUGUUAUGUAGGAGAUCUAGAUUAUGAAAUUAAAUAAGAAUACCUUAAUUAAGCUUUUCAUAUAAUUUUAGAUCACUUAAAACCUAAUGAGAUAUAAUCAAAUAAAAAUAAUUACUUUGGAGUUAGUGGAUAUUGUGAUUUAAUUAGAAAACAGAAUUAAAAUGAUUAAAAUAGAAAUGAUUUAUUUGAGGAGAUUAUUAUGGAUCAAUUUAUUAGAUAUAAUAAUUAUUUAAAUUACUAAUUAUAAAUAGAUUCAUUAGCAAAUGUUAAAAAAUAUCAUAAUCCUUUUUUUGGUUUUUAUAAAUUGAAUUCAAUUUAUAAUGUAAUAGACGAAUAUCUUAAGAAAUUAGAAAAAGAUUAUGAAAAAGGAAAAAUAGAUUUGAAAUUAAAUUUAAUUUUACCAAAAAUGAUGUAUAAAUAAUCGAAAGAGAUACUUUAUGUACCUGCAUCAGCAAUAGGAAAUAAAUAUAUCAAAAAAGAAGAUGAAACAUAUUACAAAUAAUUUGAUGAUUUAUAAAUUAAAUAAAAAUCAUUGAUUGAAUGUAAUAAGAAAGCAACAUAAACAGAUUCUCUUUUUUAUAAGCUCAUUUAUAGAUAGAGAGAAAUAGAAUUUAAAUUGAAGUUAGCUGUAGUAUUAUUUAUCUAUAUUUUCUCCCCCUAUUAAUUAUUUUGGUAAAUUANUAGCCAAUACAUAAGAAAUCAAAUUGUAUUUGUUAUUUUAGUUAAUGGUAAGAAAUCUUUACAUGAAUCUCUAUAAAACUUUAAUGAUAAUCAAAAAAUACCAGAUUAGAUCAGACAUAAUUCAUGUUAGGCAUAUUAAUAUUUUGACAAUGAAAAUAUACAUAAUAAUGUUCUUUUUCUUUUAAUUACAGAAAAAUAAUCAUAAAUAAAACUUUUAAGAUGGAUAUAUUCAGGAGUGUUUAAGCAUUUUUAUUCAAAAUAUUGUUAUGUAGGAGAUCUAGAUUAUGAAAUUAAAUAAGAAUACCUUAAUUAAGCUUUUCAUAUAAUUUUAGAUCACUUAAAACCUAAUGAGAUAUAAUCAAAUAAAAAUAAUUACUUUGGAGUUAGUGGAUAUUGUGAUUUAAUUAGAAAACAGAAUUAAAAUGAUUAAAAUAGAAAUGAUUUAUUUGAGGAGAUUAUUAUGGAUCAAUUUAUUAGAUAUAAUAAUUAUUUAAAUUACUAAUUAUAAAUAGAUUCAUUAGCAAAUGUUAAAAAAUAUCAUAAUCCUUUUUUUGGUUUUUAUAAAUUGAAUUCAAUUUAUAAUGUAAUAGACGAAUAUCUUAAGAAAUUAGAAAAAGAUUAUGAAAAAGGAAAAAUAGAUUUGAAAUUAAAUUUAAUUUUACCAAAAAUGAUGUAUAAAUAAUCGAAAGAGAUACUUUAUGUACCUGCAUCAGCAAUAGGAAAUAAAUAUAUCAAAAAAGAAGAUGAAACAUAUUACAAAUAAUUUGAUGAUUUAUAAAUUAAAUAAAAAUCAUUGAUUGAAUGUAAUAAGAAAGCAACAUAAACAGAUUCUCUUUUUUAUAAGCUCAUUUAUAGAUAGAGAGAAAUAGAAUUUAAAUUGAAGUUAGCUGUAGUAUUAUUUAUCUAUAUUUUCUCCCCCUAUUAAUUAUUUUGGUAAAUUACUGGAAAUUAUGUUUUAAGAAUUUCUGUAACCAUAUUUUUACCUUUUUUGAUGCUCUUAUCCUUAUUCCUUUAUAUAAUAUUACCUCAAUAAUACUAAAUUACAGAUGUGAUAAUAAAAUGUAAAAAGAAAUUGAUUAAUUUGUUUUAAAGAGAAUCCAAAUUGUUUGUUUAUUUUAAUAAUAAACUAUGUUAGGGAAAAUUAAUCCAAGAUAUAGAAAAUUAAUCUAAUGAAAUAAAAAUUACUUAUAAAAAUAAAACUUAUUCUAUCUUUAAACUGACUAUUUAAGAUUAAUAAACUGUAAUUUAAUAAACAGAUCAACUUGAAAAUCAUAUAUACUAAUCUUAAUGUAAUAUUAUUAGAGAGGUUAAAGUUGCAGUAUAUUAUAAAACGCUAUUUUUAAUCACAUGCAUCAUUUCCUUUUUAAGUUCAAUCAUCGUCAUUUCCAAUAUUAUCUAUACAUACUCUUAUUAUUUAAUAAAUUUUGACUAAUCAUAUGUUAAAUUUUAAAUAAUGUUUUUAUUACUUGCUAUUUUUUGUUUCUUAUUUUUAAGAACUAAAUGUAACUUAUUACUUUUUGGAAUGAUAUUUUUUAUGCUUACAAUAGUAAUGUAUUCAGAAAUUUAUCAUAUGCUUCAUUAUUCAAAGAAAUUUAAACAAUAUUAUCAUGCUUUUAACAGAUUAGGAGAAUAUUUAGCAAUUACCAUCUUCUUCUUAUUUAUGUAAUAUAAUUCUUUAAUUAUUAGAUUUCUUUUAAUUGAAAAUUUAACAGAAUAUCAAGGAUAUGCUUUUUUGGGUAUCAUUUAUUACAAUCUAAUUAUCAUAUUUUUAGACUUGAUAUUAAUCAUUUUAGCUAAUCUUGUUUAAAAUAACAAUCAAAUUCCUAAAUAAGAUUCUAAAGAUCAACCAUCAUUUUAAAUUGAAUAUGAAAAAGUUUAUGAAGAACAAGAAUAAUAAUACGAAUAAUCUAGAUUGGAAAUAUCUUUUGAUUAAUAAAAAUCACAAUCUAGAAGGUUAAAGUAUUAAAGAUUAGAUUAAUGA